UGCAUGUUGACAGUGUUGCAGACUGUGGACUCUUAGUAAACACUGGUAGUUAGUUAUUAACAGUAGAAACACAGCGAACCGUCAUCUCCGUACACAGCUCAGAGUCUUCACACGUGCUGGGUUGAUGUGAACACAACGACGUCUCAUUGGCUGCAGGUCUGACUGACAUCAUGUACCGCCUCGUCCUCUGCGUGUCCGUCGCCGUCGCUCUGUGGUCGGCGUCAGUGCUCAGUGUCUCAGUGUUCUCGGAGCCGGCGGAGGCUCACAUGCUGCUCCGCUCCCGUCGGGCCAACUCCUUUCUGGAGGAGCUGAAACCCGCCUCCAUGGAGCGCGAAUGCGUGGAGGAGAGGUGUAACUAUGAAGAAGCCAGAGAGAUCUUCCAAACCAGGGAAGCCACACUGGAGUUCUGGACGGUGUACACAGAUGGGAACCAGUGUCACGCCAACCUGUGCGUUCAUGGAACCUGCGUGGACCUAUACCAAGCCUACGCCUGCCGCUGUAACCAGGGAUACGAGGGCAGAUACUGCGACCAGCUUGUCACGGCCACUAACUGCUCGGUGGAUAACGGCGGCUGCGGCCACGAGUGUUCGGAGGCCGAGGACGGUCUGACGAGGAGCUGCAGCUGUGUGACAGGAUACAGACUGCACGCCAACUCCAGGAAAUGUGUCCCGAAAGGUUCCUCGUCCUGCGGUCAGCUGCUGAUCGCCAGGUCGUCGUACACUAAACCGAUGGAUGGUCUGCAGCCGUGGAUGGUGGGAGGGGAGGUGGGGAAGAAGGGAGAGAGUCCCUGGCAGGUGCUGUUGCUGAACCCCAGAGGGAUUUUUCUAUGUGGCGGCGUCCUCAUCGAUGAGAACUGGGUGCUGACGGCCGCUCACUGCAUCGCCCCCAGCCUGAGAUAUAGAGUUCGACUCGGUGACUACGAGCGUCUUAGAGACGAAGGCACAGAAGUGAACCUGAAGGUCAUCAAGACCUUCAAACACCCAAACUACUACAAAGGCGAAAUGGUGGACAACGACAUCGCCCUCCUCCGCCUGGAGACCCCCGCGCCCUUGACCAAGUACAUCGUCCCCGUCUGCCUGCCGGGACGCAAGUUGGCCGAGCGGAUGCUCCACCUCAACGGCACCGCCACCGUGGUGACGGGCUGGGGUAAGGAUGACCUGGAUAGCGUCCAGUUGAGCUCGGCGCUCAACGUCAUCAAGGUCCCGCUGGUCAGCCACAGCAUCUGCACUCAGCACAUGACCCACAACGUCACAGACAACUUCCUCUGUGCCGGGAUCCUCGGCCAGAGGAUGGACGCCUGUGGGGGGGACAGCGGGGGGCCGAUGGUCACUCUGUACCGAGACACCUGGUUCCUCAUUGGUCUGGUGUCCUGGGGCGAGGGCUGCGGCAAGGAGGACAAGCUGGGCAUCUACACCAAGGUGUCCAACUACAACGAGUGGAUCAACAGAGUACGUGACGAAUGGGACAACGGUCGACAUCCACAACAACCCCCAAACAUCUAAAUCCCCUCCGGCCCCAAAACUCGAUCAUGUCUGGUUCUUAAACCCACAUGAAGCUGUAACCCACUUUGUUAAAUAAACUCAUUCCGUCUCAA